CCCACUUCAGAUCGACCAAGAAAAAAUCAAAGAAAAAUUCCUUUUUUUUUCUUGGGCACUCCCCAAGUUUCUUUUUUGAAUUUUCAACUUUCGCUAUUUCUUGAUUUUGAUCGAAGUUCUAAUGGGAAACUGUUUGACCGGAAAACGCAACGAAGCCUUUGUCGAAGAAGAGGUGAAGAAAGAUCACAGGAGAAAAGACCGGAAAGUGAAAAUAAUUCUGACAAAAGAUGAGUUGGAGAAACUCAUAAUGUUUCAAUUGGAGGACGGCGGCGGCGCGUUGAGUUCAAUCGCCGAUUUUCUAAGAGAUUUGGAGGCAGAGAGAUCGGCGACGGAGGUGGAAGCUCGCCGGAGGUGGAGGCCGUCGUUGGAAAGGAUCAUGGAAUGAAGAAGAGUCCUCGUAAUAUUUUUAAAAUUUUAAUUUUGAUAUAUUGCUAUUUUAAAUUUCAUUUUAUUGGGCUAUAAUUUUGCCUUUUUGCCUAUUUUUUAUUAUUUUUUCCCCGGGGUCUUCUUUUCACCUGAGAAGAGUCAUAUUUCAGGGCGAGAGAUCUCGGGGUUUUAAAUGGGCAAAAACCUAAUAACCCAAAAAAAAUAGUAAGUGAAAUUCGUGUUUAUUUGAAGUGUUUUAUUACGUUUUUCAAUUGAAAUUCUGUGUUUUGUCAUAAUAAUAAAUCAAUGAGCAAUGCUUUAAUUAGCUCAAAUGAUUGUUUUGAAUUUUCCCGUUCGGUGGGUCUAUGCGUGUGUCGAGUCUAUCGAAAUCAAUGGGCC